AUGCCUCCUGAACAGCAUGAUGAAGCAGCUAGUGAUCCGCCAAGUGGUGAUGACCAUGGAGGCGCAGAAGAAGCGGAGCAAGAAUAUCAAGAAGAACCAGAAGCCGAAGAGGAAGAAGAGGACCUACAGGAGGAUCCAGAAGAGGAAGAAGAACCAGAAGCCGAAGAGGAAGAAAAGGACCCAUACGAGGAUCCAGAAGAAGAAGAACCCGAAGAGGACAAAGAGGACCAACGCGAGGAGCCAGAAGAGGAGCGCAAGGAGGGAGAAGAAAAGGAGGAACAAAAGAGCAAAGCAGACCAGGAAAGCAAAGGUGAGGAAGAGGAUGAGAAGUUGCGCAAUACGGCCAAGGAGGAAGAUAACUCGAAGGAAGAGAAGGAAGCAAAGGAAGAGAAGGGGGUACUAGAGGAAGAGAAGCGGGAAGUAAAGGAAGAGAAGGAAGUAGAGGAAGAGAAGGAGGUACUAGAGGAAGAGAAGCGGGAAGUAAAGGAAGAGAAGGAGGAAGAGAUGAGGGAAGUAAAGGAAGACAAGGCAAAGGUCCCUCCUGAUGAGGCUGAGACACAGCUGAUGGAAUUUUGGAGGCUGGACAGUCGUGAGGACUCGCAGUUGGUGAGACAUACGCCAAAGAACAUGGUCAAGGGUGAGAAGGGGGAAGAGGAAGAUUCCAAGGGACAGUUGAAAAAGGCUACGCAUCUGGAACAGGAAGCAGCUAUGCCAGCGGAGAGUCCGAAAGAAGAGGGCUUGGAUCCUGAGGCUGCAGGUGUUGAGCCCAAGAUCGAUCCUGUAAAGGCCGAGGCAAAGGCGAAGAAAGUAAAGACUGAGGAAGAAUUUGCAGUGGAAAUUCUUAGCGAUGAUGAAGGUGCAAGCAAAAUGAAAGGAAGCUUUCAGGACGACCGGAAGCCUUUGGUGGAGGAGCCUCUACAUCCCCCAGGUCUAGCUGCUAAGGUGGAGGGGCAGGUCGAAGCUAUGCUGAGACGCACCAACUCUGAUUCUGACAUCAUCAAGGCCAGGGAAUAA